AAGAACAUGUCUUCACAGCCAUCUGCAUAGUGACAAAUUAAGCGUGAUUGAAGCCGCAUCACUUGAUUGGUGGAUGUUAACGAAGAAUACCUCCCAUUUGAUCAAACGAUAAAACAGCCCGUUGUCAGGAUCUUUGCCUUCAUGAUUUAUAGGCCUUGAUUGGGCUGGCGGAGCCUAUCGUCCUGUGCAAUACAACUAGCCAAUCACAAUAGCGCAAGAAAACCCUUCUGGUGUUACACCAUCAAUCUUGUUUCGGUAAAAUGUCAGUUUGCAGUGUCUCAGCCAAUCAGUGAGGCAGCGACUGACGUAGGUCACCACAUCCCUUCUAAUUAGCAACGUCUGUAGCAAAACCCAGUAAUCCGAUAAGAUUGAAAAAAUUCUAAAAUCAUUCUCAGUGCUAUGCCAACUCUAGAGAUGCAAAAUAACGGUAUUUCGUUUUCGAUUGACUCGAUAAUAUCGCGAAAAGACCCACCAAAAGAAGCCAACCACUUAAAGCCACUCAUCCAAUGUAACACACGAAUACGACCAGUUUCUGACGUCCGACCUGAACAAAUACUUACAAACUACAGCGAUAAUUGCCUGGACCCUACAAGAGACUUUAUACAGAUAGAAAACAACGAAAAAUCCACACUACAGAAUUCAGAAGAAAGUCCAUCAAGUCUUGGACAUGAAGGAAGUACCGUAGAUUCUCAUUUGAGCACCAAAGAAAACGAAGGAUGCUCGUCAGGAAACGAGGGCGAUGAAGAUUGCAACGACUCUUCGAAACAACGUCGCAAACGCACGGCUUUUACUAGUCAACAACUACUAGAAUUAGAAAGAGAGUUUUACAACAAGAAGUAUGUUUCUUUAGAAGAAAGAUCACAAAUAGCUACGAACUUAAAGUUAUCUGAAGUACAAGUUAAAAUAUGGUUUCAAAAUCGUCGAGCUAAAUGGAAACGGGUUCGAUCUGUUGGCCAUCCUGCGCAUGGUAAUAGAAAGAUGAACACUCCGAAAUUAGUCGUACCUAUUCCUAUCCACGGAAACCGUUUUGCAGCUAUGAACAAUAUGAAUUCCACAGCGUAAAGAUGCGAGGUAUUUUGAUGUACAUAUUACAGAAAGUUCAGAGAUCCUCUUUCACGGACUUUGAUUACGAACUCUUUCUACAAACAUUGAUCAACUUUGAUCAUUUUUCAUGAAAUUAUACUAAAUAUGUAUAGAGACUUGAAUGUCUACUCCAAAAUGUUCGUUGAAUAUCAUAUAGGAUGUUUCCUUUAAUCGAGCUGUAUCAUAAAUAUAUUGAUUUUUACAAUGAAARGUGGCUUUUGCUAUGGAUAUUCUCCUAACAAGACUAGUAAAGUGUCAUAAGCUACAGUAAAGUAUUCCACUUUAUGAUUUCUCUGGUUUUCUUUUGGCAUUUGCUUCGUCAGAUAACUAACAUCAGGUUUUUGAUCUUCGUUAGUGCUUUACCUGCUCAUUGUCUUCAUUUUACGUUAAAGUUUUAUUUGUAUGUGCAGAAUUCGGCAGUUAUUGUGUGGCUUGUCUCAGUGUUUUCACACUUACAAGGUGCCUAAGCGUCUGUGAGGAUACUGAUAUUUAGACAAACGUGUUAGGGUGUGAAAUACAUCUUGUUUUCCUCGUUUGCUAAAAGAUUACGACACAAAACAUGCUCCAUUACUAAUGUACAUUGAUAUAAAAUGAUGAACGCUUGGUAAACCAGGCAGAACCAUAAGGUAUGUACUAGUAUUUAAAGUGUUGUUAAGAAAGACAAUGUUACAUUGUAAUAGCUACAAAGAGUUUGGCAUCCAAAGCAGUUGAAUUAAACGUUUACUGUUGA